AUGUACACUGAUCAACAGAGCACUGAUGAUCAGUGUGCCCUGAUGAUCAGUGUAGCCCCAGCAGUGCCACCUGUCAGUGUCUAUCAGUGCCAGCUGUCAGUGCUCAUCAGUGCCUCAUCAAUGCCACAUAUCAGUGCCCAUCUGACCUGCCUUUCAAUGUCACCCAUCAGUGCCAUGCCAGUCAGUGCCACCUAUCAGUGCCACCUAUCAGUGCCAUAUAUCAGUGCAGCCUUUCAGUGCCCAUCAGUGAUGCCUGUCAAUGCCCAUCAGUGCCACCUACCAGUGCCUCCUCAUCAGUGCCGCCUAUCAGUGUCCAUCAGUGCAGCCUAUCAGUGCUCAUCACUGCAGCCUCAUUAGUGCACAUCAGUGAAGGAGAAAAAUCACUUAUUUACAAAAUUUUAUA